AUGGCACAACAAAACGAAAAAAGAAAGCACAAUGAGGAUCUAACACCUGCGCAACGAGAACUUCCACCGCCCAUCAUUUUCCUUGCGCGUGGUGUCAAGGCUGAUACACGAUUCACGGUGUUCAGACAAGAAUUCCAUUUGCAUUCUUCCGGUCUCAAACAUCACUCCAAAUAUUUUCUCACGUUUCUUGAUUCGGCUGACAAACAACCUGCACCACCUUGUGCUCUAUUCAAAUACGACUAUCGCUCUGUCAUUGACGAAGAUGGAAGCUGGGCUUUGAUGCCAGUCUCAGAUUCGCCAGAGAUAGCAGAUCAACAACUGACUCUUGUCAAUGAACCCGAGGAAGAAAUCGAAGCUCUUCGAAGACUCCUUUAUGAGCUCAAAAGACUCACACGCUUGGCCGAUUACUAUUGCGCCCUACCAGUCGUCUCGGCAACCUUGACUGGAGCUUUGUUCAAGAGCAGCAUGUUUGAUGGCAUUGGUCCGUGCUACUUUUCCAGAGCCUGCGAAUGUCACGAUGAUUGUGUAUCCUUGCUUGUUUUGGCCCGCAAACUUCGCCACGGAGUGCUUUUCAGAGAAUGUUUGAUCUAUACAGUCGGGAAGUGGGAUUCUCUCCCAGAUCCUGAGAAGGAUAUUAUCAAAGAAGACCAAGAGUUGUAUAAAUUGGUGCAAGCCAAGCUUAGUGUCUUGUAUGAGCUUCUUGCCAAGACUCAAGGUGCACUGCUUUGGGCUAUUUGUGAAAAAACCAUUGAUCUUAACAAAAUUGUUGAAUGCAAUCACUCGAAAGGAUCAAUCGGCGCAACUAUUUGUAUGUACGAAGCUAUUUUUGAUGAGCCUUCAUUACAAGAUCUUUUCAGCGGAGGAGGGGGGGAGCUAGGUGAACUUAUAUCAUCUCUACUCAAAAAAAAUAUUGCUUUAGGCUGUACAUAUGAGCAAUCAGGACAUGGGAUCUUUGAAAACAUAUAUCUGUGUACUGAAAUAGAAGAUGAUGAGUUUCCUUGGGACUUGGAGGAAAUAGAUUGGUAG